AUGGAGCCGGCGGAGGCCGAACGCCUGGGCCCGCUGCUGCUGCAGCGCAGCCGGGAGGCCAAGGCGGCCGCGUACUGCCCCUACAGCCGCUUCGCCCGGGGCGCCGCGCUCACCGCCGGCGGGCAGAUCUUCUCCGGAUGCAACGUGGAAAACGCCUGCUACAGCCUGGGCAUGUGCGCCGAGCGCACGGCCAUCCAGAAAGCCGUCUCCGAGGGCCACACCAGCUUCAAGGCCAUGGCCAUCGCCAGCGACUCCGAGGACGACUUCAUCGUGCCCUGCGGCGCCUGCAGGCAGGUCAUGCGGGAGUUUGGCCGUGACUGGGAUGUGUAUCUCACCAAGCCCGACGGCACCUACAUCAUCAAGAGGCUGGAGGAGCUUUUGCCGCUCUCCUUCGGGCCGGAAGACCUGAGGAAGCUGUGAUUUG